CAUGGCAGCAAGAGUACAUGUAACUCACCUUCACAUCUCAUAACUCUCGAGAACAGCCUUGACAUUCGCUCUCUAUGUCGGUCCCUGUGGUCGCACUUGCCGUUUUGGAUGUGCUCCUUCCAUUUCGUUCACUACUUACGCAUUCUACAUACUGCCACAUCUCCAACAACCAUCACCAUCGCUUUUCCUCGAAGUCUGAUAAUGGAAUCCAAACGCACAAGCCGCGCUUCGCGGGGUAUGACUCGUGGUAAGAGGGUUACAAUCGCGUCCUCGCCGCCAGCCAAAUCUGUAUCAGCCAGCGCAGUGUUCAAACGGCCAACCAAUGCUCAACGGGUACGCAAGAGAGAUGAAAGAGCGCAAUCGCCGAAGAUCUCGAGCAGCCCUUCCAAGAAGAGCCGAAGCGCCUCCCGCAAGAAACAAGCUCCACACCCGCUUGCCGAAGCAUUUGAAGACGCGACCUCUGAGUACCGUGACACCCUCUUAUCUAUGGGCAUAGCAGCCCUCGACAAGUAUCAUGCCUCACUCGUAGCCGCCCUCCAUGAAGUCAACCUCGAACAGCUCUCUUCACCAACGGCCCAGGAUCCCAACGCUUCCCCUAUCCGACUGACUCUAGCCGCCAAAUACGAACGCUCUCAGCACAAGCUCCUCAAUCGAGUUGGCGAAUACCACAUCCGUCGUCGCAUUACGAAUGAAACAGGCGAGACCGAAGCAGUCGACGUCUCGAUCGAAGAAAUGCUGGCUGGCUUUCAAGACCGCUACCUCGCCGAGGUAGAACGCCUCAGCGCAUUGCAGACCAAGUGGGAAACAGUAGUGGGCGAGAUCUGGAAAACGGGCGUCAACUACUUCGGUGAGGACGUGAUGCAGGAGCUCUUCGUUGACGGCGACCUUUCGAACGCAUCAUCUCCUGCUCCCGACGAUCAAAUGCCAGGCAACCACUUGGAUGACGCGGAUUCCCUCUUCGUGCCAGAGCGCUCACCGCAAGCCAAAACCGCCAGCAAGAAGCGCGUCACGUUCCAGGAGCCCCCGAUUGAGCUUCCCGAGUUUCUCACCAGCGCAUCGAGGUUCAAGGGGUUGCCGCGUCCGACUGAGCUUCCACACACAGAGAUCAAGGCCCUCGAGCAGGUUGUGGGUGAACUGGGCAAAGAACAUGUUGCGGAAAUGAAAGGCAUCGAUAAGGAGUAUCAGAGAUUCUGGGAGAAGAAGCUGGGAAAUAUGAGGAGGGUAGUAGUAGAUGAUGAGUGA